GGCCCCAGCAGCCGCCGCCUCCCCCUCCAUGGCCGCCGCUCUCGCCGGCUGCAUUGUGGGAAGCUGACCUCACUCGCUGCUGCCGCCGCCCCGCCGGCUCCGGCACUCGCCGCCAUGGGGGCCGUGACCGACGAUGAAGUUAUCCGCAAGCGGCUGCUGAUCGAUGGCGAUGGAGCUGGCGACGACAGGCGGAUCAAUUUGUUGGUGAAGAGUUUCAUUAAGUGGUGUAAUUCCGGAUCUCAGGAGGAAGGAUACAGCCAGUACCAACGAAUGCUGAGUACUUUAUCACAGUGUGAAUUUUCAAUGGGAAAGACUCUUCUGGUGUAUGACAUGAACCUGAGAGAGAUGGAAAAUUAUGAAAAAAUCUAUAAGGAUAUAGAAAAUAGUAUAGCUGCAGCCCAUGAGAAGAUCUCUGAAUGCAAAAAACAAAUCCUGCAAGCAAAAAGGAUUCGAAAAAAUCGCCAGGAAUAUGAUGCAUUGGCCAAAGUCAUACAGCAUCACCCAGACAGACAUGAAACACUGAAGCAGCUGGAAGCUUUGGGAAAAGAACUGCAAAAUCUUUCUCACAUUAAAGAAAAUGUUGAAGAUAAGUUGGAGCUGAGAAGGAAGCAGUUCCAUGUUCUCCUCAGCACCAUCCAUGAACUUCAGCAAACCCUGGAGAAUGAUGAAAAACUUUCAGAAGCUGAGGAAUCACAAGAAACUCAGAUGGAAGCAGAGGCCAAGCAGUAGAUGUCAUCUGAAGACUGACAAUUACUACUUAAAGUCCAAGUAUCCUCACUUUCUGUUGAAAUCAACAGUAAGAGAGAUGGAGCUGGAAAUAGUUUUCUCCUGCUUCUGUGAAUUUUUAUACAAAAAUACAUGUUUUGCAUAUGUUUCAUGGGAAAAGAGUUGCAGAUGUGUGCAGGCAGGCACUCAGUGUUAAUUCACAAACUUUGUAAUUUGUGAUAAAUAUACUUUGUUUCACAAAGGAUGAAGCUUUUACACCAUACUUGUGAACUGAGGUGUUUGUAAAACUUUGCCAAUAAAAGGUGUUUUCACAGA